AUGUCUGAGCCACGCGAACCAUUUUUGAGCAUACUUACUGAUUACGUGCUGCUGCCAGCUAGUGUUCCUUUCCGCGCGCGCAAACUCUAUACUAGCUCGCGAGUGUCGCCCAGCCAGCUGCUGCCUUCUAGUGUUCUUGCCGCUCGCACGAACUUCAGCUUGCCCGCGAGUGCAGAGGUGCGCUGGCAGGUCGUGAGUUUUCUCUUCACUCCCGCGAGUCUUCCUACCUUGCGAGUGUCGAGUGAAUUCGACGGUCUGCGAUCGAUUGGAGCGGUGAGGUACAUCGAUCGAAACCAUAAUCAUGGUGAUCGUCGAGAUGUGUCGGCAGGUCUAGAUCAUACAACAACGGCAGCAGCGGUUGUGUACAUUGCGGCGGCGGGCGUGUACAGUGCGACGACGGCUGAGAGCAUUAGGGUACGGGGUUUGAGUCCUGUGGAGGGCAAAAACCACAGAAAGUCUGAACAUGGGUCUUCACCCUAUGAAUGGAGCACUGUGGAAGGCCAUGAGUCCCCGGUGCAUGGGCACGACCAUCACCGGGGGCCCACACCCCCCAAACCAAGGGGGAAGACUGAUGGCACGGCUUGUCAUGAAUCACACCUUAUGCUCAGGGACUGGAGCAGUGUGGAAGACCAUGAGUCCCCGGUGCAUGGCACGACCAUCACCGGGGGCCCCACACCCCUCCUCCCCUCGAACAAGGGGGGUAGGCUGAUGGCACGACCAUCAACAAUGGCUAAGAGGGCGGCAGGAAGGUCGGAGCUAGAGGAAGAUGACGACGGUUAUGGCAGACUGGACGAGGGCUUUCGACUUCAAUAUGGGAUUCUCGUGGCAGAUGUGUUCCGUGGGAAGGAUACUCUACUCUUUGCUGGCCUGCUCUCUUCUUUGGCUGCUGCCGGCACUUGGCUACAGGUUGCGUCGUACUAUGGCUGGCCAGUCUCGACUACGCAUUGCAUAGUUGGAUCAAUGGUUGGAUUUGGGCUUGCCUAUGGAGGAACUGGUGCUGUAUUUUGGAGUUCUUUGGCAAGGGUAACUUCGUCAUGGGUGGUAUCCCCUUUAGUCGGAGCAAUGGUGUCUUUCCUUGUCUAUAAAUGCAUUCGCAGGUUCGUGUACAGUGCCCCAAACCCGGGGCAAGCAGCGGCAGCAGCCGCUCCUAUCGCCGUAUUCAUGGGCGUGACGGGCAUCUCUUUUGCGGCCUUCCCUCUGAGCCAGACCUUCUCCAUCGCCCUCGCCCAGGCUCUGGCCUGUGGGGCUGCCGGCGCCAUCCUCGUCGAUCGCAUCAUACGCAGGCAGCUCGGCCACCUCCUCGCCAACUCAUCCGACUCCAAUCCAGGCUCCAAGUCCGAUGGCGGCACCAAGGGCAUCGGUUUCCUCUCGGACAUUGCGGGCCCCACGGGGACCCAGCUGGAGAUUGUGUACGGCGUCUUCGGAUACAUGCAGGUGCUGUCGGCGUGCUUCAUGUCGUUCGCCCACGGGGGGAAUGAUGUCUCCAAUGCCAUCGGGCCUCUCGCAGCAGCCCUCUCCAUCCUCCAGGGUCGGGCGGCCGCGGCCGAGAUCGUGAUCCCAAACGACGUGCUGGCGUGGGGUGGGUUUGGAAUUGUGGCCGGGCUCAUGAUGUGGGGUUACCGGGUAAUAGCAACCAUCGGAAAGAAGAUCACGGAGCUUACGCCGACGAGGGGGUUUGCAGCCGAGUUUGCAGCGGCGUCGGUGGUGCUUGGGGCAUCCAAGCUCGGGCUGCCAAUCUCUGCCACACACACGCUUGUGGGGGCAGUGAUGGGGGUGGGCUUUGCGCGGGGGCUCAACAGCGUCAGGGCCGAAACUGUGAGGGAGAUUGUGACCUCGUGGGCGGUGACCAUCCCUGCCGGGGCUACUUUCGCGGUUGUCUACACUUGGAUUCUCACCAAGUUGUUGUCUGUGGUGUUGUGA